GCUGUCGGGCCGUUUCCAUGGAUACCACAAACUUACCCCGACACAAACGAAACCUAAAACUGAAAACCUCUGUAGGACCAAAUACUUUAAGACCAGCAAUGUCUUGGAACUGGAAUAGCCACGGACUGCCAUUUUUACCAGGAUACACUUUCCGGGAUGUAACGAAGUCAGCCUUCCAUCGUCCUCAGACACUGAACUAUAACAACGGUUAUGCUCUGGCCCAUCGGCCCACUGUGGGGAUUGGACAGGAUCCCCUUUUGUCUGAGUUGAUCCAGCAGGAGAUCAAUGAGCUGUCUUUUGAGACGCCAGACAUUACUUAUGGCUCCUUUGACCAGAGCCUAGUCAACGACUUCAUCCCAGCUUACGUGGCCCUUGACAAAAAGGUGCUGUGCUACUACGCAUACUUUCAGGAGAAGGUCCUGUUUUCCCCUGAAGAGGAGUGCUGCGUGCGCCCUGUGGUCAUUUACUACCACCUGGAGGAUGACAGCAUGUGCAUCGUUGAGCCCAGAGUGGAGAAUUCUGGCAUACCGCAGGGGAAACGGAUCAAACGCCAGCGGCUGCCCAAGAAUGAGCGCGGAGAGCAUUACCAAUGGAAAGACCUCAAUGUCGGCAUGGACCUGGAGGUGUAUGGGGUCAAGUACCACAUCACGCAGUGUGACACUUUCACAAAGGAAUUCAUGGAAAGUGAGGGCAUCAUUCUGAACGACUCUGAGCCGAUGCCUGAGGAUCCCUACAGCAAACGACGAGAAAACCCUCCGCCUGCCUUCACAACGGCCUCCGGAUCCGACCACAUGCACCAGUUUCUGACCAUGGAUCGUAAGGUGCUGCACUUCUUUGCCCUAUGGGACGACACCGAUUCUCUGUUUGGGGAGACCAGGCCGGUGACCGUCCAGUAUUACCUGGUGGACGACACGGUGGAGAUCAACGAGGUCUACGAACGCAACAGCGGACGAUUUCCCUUCCCCGUCCUGAUGCACCGACAGAAGCUGCCCAAGAAAGUCAAACCAAAGUUUGAGACCUUUCCCAGCUGUGUGCUGGAGGUGUCAGCGGCGGAGGUAGAGGAGUACUACUCCCCCAAACACUUCCAGGUGGGUGAAACGAUAAAGCUGCUGGGCCGUCGCUUCCUCCUGUAUGACUGUGACGCCUUCACUAAAGAGUAUUACCAAAAGAAUCACCCUGACCUGGAGAUGAAACCCACAGAGGUACCGAAGAAAACGGACCUGCUUAAGGAGAGGAAGAAGGAGGUUCCUCCUUAUAAUGGUUUUGGUUCACCUGAAGACUCUCUCCAGAAUUGUUUGGCAUUAAUUCCCGGGCCUCCAAAAAAGAAUGUGAUAAAGAUGCUGGAAAACGAACACAAGGUGUUGCGCUACAGUGCCCGGCUGGACUCAGAGAAUCCCGGAGACGAGGGCCGACAAUUCAUAAUGUCCUACUUCCUGUCCAAUGACAUGAUGAGUAUUUUUGAAAAGACCACUCGCAACUCCGGUAUCAUCGGUGGCAAGUUCCUGAAAAAAAAGCGCAUCCUCAAGCCGGGCUCCACGGUCGACCAUUCUGAGUUCUACUCUCCUGCAGACUUUGCUAUUGGAGCCACGGUGGAGGUUUACGGCCACCGCUUCGUGUUGACUGAUGCUGACCACUAUGUGCUCAAGUAUCUGGAGGCCAAUACAGGACAGAUCCCUCUCCAGACACUUGAUUCUCUGCGCCAGAAGCUGAGUGUGGGGACAGCAAAUAACCAGCCAGCUGACCAAAAUGAAAUUAUGCCAAUUUCUUUAUCAGGUCAUGAUGUAGCAGAGCCCUCUUCAUGAUGUCAGGGAAGGUUUGAUUGCCUCAAGAGUUCACAGACAGAGCGCAAGACCAAAUGAAAGCCAUUGCAGAAUAUUUCACAACAAAAUAAACCAACAAUUGCCUGAUAUCAGA